CACAUAGGGACACGAUUACAACAGCACUAACCGCGCUCACUCCGUAAGUGCGAUCACUCGGAUACACGGUCCUCCGUGGGCGUCCACGUACACUCUGCUGCCGGUACACUCAGCCGUGUGGAUAUACCCAGUGUCUUAGUGGAGCCAUGUCAGAUCCCCCCUCCUCAUCCACAGCUAGCUCAUCAGAUCCAGCCCGGAUCAUCAAAGUCACGGUGAAAACUCCUAAGGAGAAAGAAGAGUUUGCGGUGCCGGAAAACAGCAGCAUUAAGGAGUUCAAGGAGGACAUAUCAAAGCGCUUCAAGUCAAACACAGACCAGCUUGUGUUAAUAUUUGCCGGGAAGAUUUUGAAGGACCAGGAUACGCUUAGCCAACAUGGAAUCCACGAUGGACUCACUGUUCACCUGGUCAUCAAAACACAGAACCGGUCACAAGCUUCAGCAGCUUCACAGCCGAACAGCUCCAGCAACCAAGAAGCUAGUUCAACCGCACCCAGCAGCACUGCCACUUCAACGCCAACCACCAGCUCUCCGUUUGGUUUGGGAGGCCUCGGGGGGCUGGCGAGUCUCAGCAGCAUGGGCAUGAACGCCUCAAACUUUUCUGAGCUCCAGAGUCAGAUGCAGAGGCAGCUCAUGUCCAACCCAGAGAUGAUGGUUCAAAUCAUGGAGAACCCAUUUGUUCAAAGCAUGCUCUCUAAUCCUGACUUAAUGAGGCAAUUAAUUAUGGCCAAUCCUCAAAUGCAGCAAUUAAUCCAGCGAAAUCCUGAAAUCAGUCAUAUGCUUAAUAAUCCAGAUAUAAUGCGACAGACGCUAGAACUUGCUCGAAAUCCAGCGAUGAUGCAGGAGAUGAUGAGGAACCAAGACAGAGCCCUGAGCAAUCUCGAAAGUAUUCCUGGGGGCUAUAAUGCCUUGCGGAGAAUGUACACGGACAUUCAGGAGCCUAUGCUGAAUGCUGCCCAAGAGCAGUUUGGUGGCAAUCCAUUUGCUUCACUUGUGAGUAAUUCGAAUGCAGGGAACCAGCCUUCCCGUACAGAAAACAGAGAUCCUCUUCCAAACCCUUGGGCUCCUCAGUCCAGCACUGCCGAUUCUCCAUCUGCUGGAAGCGGGGGAAGCAACCCUGCAGUAAAUACCACCAGUACCAACAGUGGUACCACCACAACACCAAGUUCCACAUUGCCAAGCAUGACGUCUGGAUUAGGAGCAGGUAUGUUCAAUACCCCCGGUAUGCAAAGCCUGAUGCAGCAAAUUACUGAAAACCCCCAGCUAAUGCAGAACAUGUUGUCUGCCCCGUAUAUGAGGAGCAUGAUGCAGUCUUUUAGUCAGAAUCCUGAAUUUGCAGCACAGAUGAUGCAAAAUAACCCCCUGUUUGCUGGGAAUCCCCAACUGCAAGAUCAAAUGCGACAGCAGCUGCCACUUUUCUUACAGCAGAUGCAGAAUCCGGACACAUUAUCAGCCAUGUCAAAUCCAAGAGCAAUGCAGGCUUUGCUGCAGAUCCAGCAGGGACUGCAGACCUUGGCAACGGAAGCCCCAACACUUAUGCCAGGUGGUAUUGGAGGAUUGGGGAGCGCUAGCCCUGCAACCCCCACAGCUCCCCCUAAUCCUGUGCCCACAGAAGCCCCAAGUCCCCUGUCUGGAAUAUCUGAGCCCGGGCACCAGCAAUUUAUACAACAAAUGUUACAGGCUCUUUCUGGUGCUAAUCCACAGUCUCAGCAGGUUCAGAAUCCAGAAAUACGAUUUCAACAGCAGCUGGAUCAGCUCAGUGCUAUGGGAUUCCUAAACCGAGAAGCAAACAUACAAGCUUUGAUAGCAACUGGAGGAGACAUCAAUGCUGCUAUAGAACGACUACUGGGCUCUCAACCAUCAUAGCGACCCUUUCGAACCCACAAACAAAAGUGUAAUUUAUUUUUGAUAAUGGCUCUUGAGUCUCGAUAAAACACCUGCUUUUUUCAGUUUGACUCCUGGAAUCCCUUCUCAUUACAAACUAAACCCAUGCAUUUACUUUGGGCUGAAGUGCAGUAGUUAAUCUGAAAUAGCGGGAAUCAAAGCUUUUCAUUUGAAUGUGUUGCAUGCAUCAGACACAACUCCCCCCCCCCCCCCCGCCGCAUUGCUUGUGAUUUCUAAACCAAUAGCUACUGCAGUUGGGCUAACCGGUUUUAUUUAACCUUUCAGCUGGCAAAAGGUAGCUCUUUUUAAAUCAAUAUCCUAAUAAUUUAUACCACACAGGAAGCAAAAACAUAGUUCUAAUUACUGAUGAAUUAUUCCUUUUUGUGACUUCCGCAUGUAUUUUUGCUAAUGCAAUGCUGUAAUAUUCAUUCUGCUUGUUUUUUUUUUUUUUUUUUUUUUUACGCUUUAUUAAAUCCUUCCACUUCAGUUAAAUUUAAACAGAUCCCGUUCAGCAGAGUUACGUGGGAAAAAUAGUCGCAUACACAGAUAAUAGAAACCUGUAUUUAAGAAAAUUGUGACGUAGGAAGCUUUUGUAAGCGAAGUGAUAUUGUGAAAUUAGAUGCAGCUCGUUCACCAAGGAACAUCCAUUUCAGUAGAAUUCGGCGAGGUCUACUUUUUCACUGACCCCAGUGAACCCCUCCAGUGUAUAACUUUCUUUGACGUUGAUCAUUGUUUAAUUUUACACCUGACACAGUCCUACCAAUCCCUGAUUCUGAAGUGUAAAUGUAUUUGCACGACGGGAACACCACAGUCCUGGUCUGCUCUGGGUGGCCAAAAAUUCACCAAAACUUCAGGGUUUCAAAGUGUCAUGUGAUAAACAAAUUCUUUUUAACCACGUCGAAAAAUUUGGUUUGUACUUUAAUUUUUAUCAAUAGCUCUUUCUCCUGUGCACAGGUAAUAAAUAAACUCCAAUACUUCUUUCA